GUUGUGAAAUGUGUGUCGUGUGCCGAGACAACGUUGAUAACGUUGGCUACCAAAAUUCGUGGCGAAAGACGGACAAUUGAAAUUCUCGACUGGACGAACGAUAAUCGUCAUCGAAUUCCAAGUGGACAAUACAUGUGUCGUGGUCCUUUCAGUCGACGGUACGUUGCAGCAAAUAAAAAUGAGAGUGAAAACAGUUCCACGACAGCGAAUAAUUCAUGGUUAUAAAAUCGUUGAACCUGUGUCCGAAAUUAUUGUCGAGAAAUUGGAACGCUCUACAAAGAACGGCAGGAAGAAGGGAACGAAGGACGCGGAAGAUGCAUUUGAUGCGUCGAACGACGGCAAAGGGGGCAGUUCGAAAGCGAAACAUUCGGAUAGUCGUGAUAUAAGCGAAAAUAAAAAGAAGGAAGCGGUGAAUUAUUCUACGGAAGCAGUGGACAUGACGAUUAAACACGAGACUGAUUCGUCGCAGAAAGAUUUAUUGAAUCGACGCUCGAUGGCUGGUCCAUCGAGUUCCGAAUAUGCUGACCUACACUUGAAGGAGGAGACGAAGGAAACGAUUUCCAACGACGACAACAAUAAUAUUCUAACGCCAAGAGCAGCGUGUUGCUGCUCUUUAGCUGGCCCAUCCAAUAUCGAUCGUUCAAAAACCUGUAAAGAGGAAUCCGAGUCCUCCGUCCAGGACGACGAUAGCCCAGCCGAAGCUGUUAAUCUUUGCAAAAAGGAUCAUCAAGACGAAGACGGAUUGACUCCUGGCGGAGUAACUGACGGAAAACUGAAGGACACCUUUCUUUAUAAGAUCAUGACGGAUCCGAUGUUUCUGGAGAACAUACAGAAGCAUAAGCAACCCAGAAAGUAUCCGUGCCAGUUUUGCAAGCAAGAAUUUUUAAAUGUCGACGAGUUAGCAGAUCACAUGGACGUAAAGAAGGACAAGUCUAACCAGGUGAUCUGCUGCGCCUGCAAGAAAACUUUUGCGCAGAAACGGUACCUCAGGUACCAUCAGAGGUGUCAUUCCGAGAGGACCAAGUACACCUGCGACAUUUGCACCAAAAAAUACACGAGGCUUGACAACUUGACCAGGCAUAACGCGUUUCACGUGAACCCAGACAAGUUCUCGUGUUCCUACUGCGAGAAAACCUUCGCGAGAAAAGACCUGCUGAACAAACACUUGAAGUGCCACGACAACAAGUAUCGGUUCUUCUGCGAGGUGUGCCACAAGUACUUCAAAGGCCCACUCACGCUAGACAAUCAUAAGAGGAUCUUCCACUCGGUUUAGUAAUGCUUCGAAAAUCAGCCACU